UACUGUCCAAACUACCGCAGCUGAAAAUUGAUGAUGGAUGGCCUAGCCAUUUUCUGAUGCAGUUUCCAGCAACUCUUGUGAUAUACCGCCCUUUGUCAAUGCAACCUGAAGUGGACAUAAGUCUUAGUAAUACGACCGAUGACUUUUUCGUCUGGUCACAGGAUACCAUUAGGAGAAGAAGCAGGAGCCCCGCUUGGGAUAGAAGGACAAACUGGGUACUAAAUGAGCUGGAAAACAACAGGUUACAGAUCAUACCAGCUGCUCAACAGAGAUACAUAUGGAACCGUCAAUGUAUACAACGCCCAUUCGAAUGUCACACCGUUGAUGACAUCCCGAAGCUCGACCACUGGCUGAUGCAGAACAAAGCGUACCAGUCCAUCAAAAUGUCUGCCUGGACAACAAGUAACAUUCGGAACUACUGGAGAGAUCAGAAUUCCAAACCACUACUAAUGCCCCCUUUGCGCUUGUCAAGUAGGAGGUACGAAAUGAUUCCAAAGUCUAGAUGGACCAUGUGAUGGAA